AUGCUUGAGGAAUUUAGAAUGUUUGGAUUAAAUCAUUGUGAACUCCCAAUUAUCAUUAGCAAUAUAGCGUUUCUCCUAAGAUUAAUUAUUUUAAAAAUCGACAAUCGGAAUACAGAGAAAAUAUCUACUAUAUCCUACAUUGUAACUAUUUUAAGUGGUAUUGGCUAUUUUUACACUUAUUUUUUGUCUGUAAUAUGGUAUGUAUUCUGGCGUUGUCGAGAGACUGGCGACAAAAUAGCUGCUAUCAUCGUCUUCUCAUUGGGUGCUGCCAGUGAGAUCGCAUUUUAUAAGUACAUAUUUAUGAUAAUUUACAGAAACUCCGUGAAAGACAUUGUUGACGGCUAUUUAGCUUUAGAUGCACUUAUUCUCCCUGGCAGUCGACUAUCUCGAAAUAUGCACAGCAAACUAAGAAUUAUUAAAAAACGUGCUUUUAUAUAUUGGAUUUUCAUAGUCUCCAAUGGUAUUCUCUAUAUCUUAAAGCCUAUUAUACAACCAGGACGACACCUUAUGGAAGACCACUUUGAUCUAAUUGGGCUGGAUCCAAUACUAGAAUCACCGAACUACGAAAUAGCAUUUACUGCUACCGUUUUAGGAGUUUUCUUUACAAGCUAUUUAUCUUCAACAAUUAGCGCUUUUCUUAUAGUCGUAACUGGCUUUGCCGAAUCGCACCUUUUAGCUGUAAGCGAGGAAAUAACGAAUCUAUGGGAAGACGCAAACGCUGAAAUUGAAACAGCUUCUGACGUUCACUUACCAGCUGAUCAAAUUGUAUUUUUAAACAUUAACAAUCGCCUCAGAGAAGUAAUAAAGACCCACAUAACGAUUAUUAAUAUAACGAAACAAAUCGAAAAGGUGUUCAGUGGAGCUAUUCUGAUCGAGUUUAUACUCGUAAUCACAAGUUUGAUUGCUGAAUUACUUGGUGGAUUGGAGAAUACAUAUUUAGAAAUGCCUUUUGCGUUGUUUCAAUUGAGUAUGGACUGUAUAACUGGGCAAAAACUAAUAGAUGCGUGUGAUGUUUUUAGUAGAGCCGUGUAUGACAGUAAGUGGGAGAAAUUUGAUGUAAAAAAUGGUAAAAUGGUAUUGUUAAUGUUGCAGAAUUCGCAAAAGACGUUAAGUCUAUCGGCUGGCGGGAUGACUACUCUGAGUUUUGUUUGCCUUAUGUCUAUGUUGAAAAUGAUAUAUUCAACCUAUACUACACUACGUAGUACUGUGUAG